AAUUAGAUGAUGUCAUACUGUUGCAUCGUUUGUUGAUUAAAUAUAUUACAUGUAUUCAACCUCCCAUUGUAACAAUGAUGUUGACAGAUUAUGUAUUACAAAAUGGUCUUGAACCCUCGGUAAGUUGAUCUGUUGUAAGGAAACGUUAAUCCGCAGUACAUCAACUUAUUGCCAGCAGUAAGAAACAGGUUACAGCCGCUCAGCGCAACACGCACCAAAUUCAGGUUGCAAAUGGGUAGGCGCACACUGGAUCACUUUUGUGAUAAGGGAAAUAAUAACCCAAGGGGCAAAAUUACCUUAUAAGUGAGUGUAAAGUGAUUUACAAUUAACGAAACACCAUAUUAAGCCCUCCCGAGAGCCUAUUUCAAUCUGAUUCCAAGUAAUUAGAUACUAUCUUAAAGUGCCUUCUUUGUGUCACCCCCGAAUCAGAUUUCCCGACUCCAACAAGUGUUAUAUUACGUAUCAUUUUGAUUCAACAGAACAACCCCAGAAAUGAGUAAAACUAGCGACGAAGACUGGUCCAUCAUUUCUUCUUCUUCAGACAUGGAGGAUGAACGGUCUAACUCCGGAGAUGAAAUUGAAACUCCCCUGGCUUCCGUACCUGGUUCUACUAUUCAAGCCAUAACUACCACCUCAAUUGAUAGCCCUUUGACUGAAUACGCCCACAAUCACUCGUACGUGGAUGACUCUGACGACCUUUUGGCAGCGGAGUCCAGUAUACAAACCCUCAGAUUACCCAAGACUUUGUCAACUCCAGCGUCACUAAACACUUCUCAAAUGGUCUCAAGGGGUACAUCAGCGAACUUGGGGUUACAGGUACCUCCUCAACGCUCAGAAGAAAAGCCUGUGAAACGAGCUAUUGAGUUCUAUGAAAGCUUGACUGCUAAUACGUUCAAGUUACAUGAGUCUAUCAAGCACCAAAGUGACAAACUCUACCACCAGUUGACUAAGCACCAAACAAUCGAAGAUGAAUUAGACCAGUUUGAAACUGAGGGAACACCAUUACUGACUAUAAAAACCCAAACCACAACAGAUGGGAUUCAAUAUCAGUAUCCCGCAAGUCAGGUGAUGUCCAAAUGGCUUGAAUCCAACUCCGAGUACUUAAUUUAUUUUGCCGUUUUCACAGUGGCGUCAGUGGUAUCAUUGAUUAAGGUGUACACCACCUUGACAUAUAAGGAACCAGUACCUAAAUAUCCAAAUAUUUGGGAUACCAUUGAUACUUUUUUUUAUGAUCAACAGGUGUCAACGUCCUGGUUUUUCAAGUCCAGCAAGACUAAGCAAUUGAAGCUUGCAAAAUACUAUGAUGAGUUGAGAAUUGGGGAUAUGAUGUUUUUAGCUAAAAACUCUGCAACCCAAUGGAGUGAAGUCGUUGUUUCAACAGCUUCCUGCUGGUUAAAGAAUGCAGACGAGUUGAGAAAGCAGUUUAUUACCCAGGAGAAGGCGUCAGCAGUUUGGUGUGAAGCUCACAAACUUAGCAAUUUGGUAACUGUUCAAUCAAUUGAACUCAGUAACAAUUUACAAGCUAAAGUCAACAAAGUCAGUGUUGCAGUUGAUUUCUCAUCAAAAAUCAACACAGUAGCUGAAAUGUCGGAAAAACUAUACGAGCAAUACAUCAAGAAUUUUGGAAGACAAGUUGGUUCUUCGUUGAAUUAUUUGUGGAAUGACAGUCAAAGGACAAGUGCUAAGAUUAUUAAGGAAACAUUGAGUGCUUUAAAACCCUUGUCUACUAAGGUCACUGAGUCAAGCUUGGUGCACGAGCUGAUAGAAUGGUCCAGAGGCCAGAUACAAUUCAUCACCAAAACUGCCUUGGAGAUCUGGGGAAGUCGCUAGAUACUACCUCUUUGCUUUGCUUCUAGGCUAAGAUGGUAUCGAUCUGACACUUCAGUAAGCCGAGGAUUAUUGAUUUUGUGGUUUAAUUUUUUAUUAUAGUUGUUAUUGUCAUCGGUAGUUAGACAAAUAGUCGGUUGGUUUUAAUUAUGUUUUGUAUGGAAUAGUUUUGGUUAAAUUUUUGUAUGGUUUUGUUGUUGAAUAUACUAAAGUUGAUAAAAA